CUGAGGAUUCGAAACCCAUGGAGGGCUCUGGGUCAGGGUGCGGCAGCAGGGUGUGCGUUACAGGAGGAUCUGGCUACGUCGCGUCUUUGCUCGUCAAAAAGCUUCUCCAAAAGGGCCACACGGUUCACGCCACUCUCCGCAACCUCAACGACCAAUCCAAGGUGCGCCUUCUCAACACCUUACCCAACGCCGCCCACAGAUUGGUUUUGUUUCAGGCCGAUAUUUACCAGCCGGAGGGUUUCCGGCCACCGAUUCAGGGCUGCGACUUUGUCUUCCAUGUCGCCACUCCGCUGCACCACACACAAGGAUCGCAGUACAAGAACAGGACGGACGCGUCGGUUGGUGCGGCGAGGAUGAUCGCGAAAUUCUGCGUGGAAUCGGGAACCGUGCGGCGGCUGAUUUACACCGCCUCCGUCGUGUCGGCGUCGCCGAUGAAAGACGACGGCACUGGUUUCAAGGAUUUCAUGGACGAGACCUGCUGGACUCCUCUCAAUCUUUCCUAUCCUUUUUCCAACCCUACCUUUGAGGGAUACGUAGAUUCAAAGAGUGCAACAGAGAGAGAGCUACUUGAAUUUGGGGCGAGGCAAGUCCAAGAAGGUGGCGGGGGGUUGGAAGUGGUGACAUUGGCGUGUGGGCUCAUCGUGGGAGACACUCUUCAUUGUUGUGCAGCCGAAACCACCAUUAUUACCUUCUCUCAGUUUAUACACCAAGACGAUGCUCAGCCCUUCUACCACGCCCUCAGAUUUCUCGAGGAAUUGGAUGGUAAGGUCCCUCUGGUGCACAUUCAUGACGUCUGUGAUGCCCACAUCUUCUGUAUGGAACAAUCCUCUCUCCAUGGAAGGUUUCUCUGCGCAAGUUCCUUCUUGUCUUCCUCAGAUAUUGCCACUUACUACCGUCUCCAUCAUCCUCAAUUGCAACAAAAAUAUGGGAAUUCAGAUGAUGUGCCAAUUAGGAACAUCAAAUGGAACUCUAGGAAGCUUAUCGAGAAAGGUUUUGUGUACAAAUACGACGGUGAAAUGAUACUAGAAGAUGCCUUAGAGUGUUGCAAGAAUAAGGCUAUCUCUAUUAGCGCCAAAGUUGGCCCAGUUUCUAGUUAGUUUUCUCUUGGAGAUGGGAUUCGAAGAGAAAGAAAGAAUUGUAUGGUACUGUUAGAAAUUAUGUAUUGAUCAAAACUACAUAUGCUCAUAUGUAUAACAAAUGGGGAGAAUGCCAUUUUUCUCCAACCUUCUUUCUUUUUUCAA